UGUGAACAUAAUGUGUGUAAUAUAUACACUGCAACAUGUCGGUUACACACAUGACUGUUAAUAGGUUGUCAGUGCAAUUGUAGAUAAAGUCAAGGCGUCUGAUCAUAUUUUGUGCAAACUAGGAAGAAUUAUACCUAAUGUCCUCUACACCUAAAAUAAGAAUGGCUGCAGAUAAUAUAAUGGCAAAUGAGCAGGAUAAGAGAGUAAAACAACUGAAACGAGAAUUAGAAGGAUGGCGUGAAGUAAUAUUGCCAUUGAAUUCAGUUCUUUUAUGGGAAAGAAAUUGGUAUCCUGGAAUGUUAGUUGGCAUGACAACAACUUUUUUUCUAUUGUUCUGGUAUCUGGAUCCCACAGUUCUUACAACUGUUUCAAUAAUUGGACUGAUAGCUACAUUAGUGGAUUAUUUGGUUCCAACCCUUUCAGCCAGUAUCUGCCAUCCAGAAAAUUGGACUGGAAACAAGGAAAGAAAAUUGGAAGAGAUUUGUCGUGAUCUGGCAUACAUUCAAAGUCAAGCAGGUGUUAAAUGGGCCAUGUUCUAUGAUAUGCGGCAUUCAAGACCAAAAGUGUAUUAUGUAACAGUGGUUUCAAGUCUCCUGUUUUUUGCUUGGCUGGGAAAUACUGUUAAUAAUCUGCUGCUUACUUACCUUGUUGUAACAACUACAAUUUUAUUGCCUGGCAUGAAACACCACGGUCUCUUGGAAAAAUAUUUUGCUCAGGUUAUGGUGACAGUUUCUGAAACAAUAACAAGAAUGAAGCAAAAGAAAAACUGAUUUCAUACUUGAAAGAAUACAUUAAAAUUAUUCAGCACAGUUCUCUCAGACAGUUACCUGAAUGUUUGAGUUUGCCCUGUAGCUUUUGCCAUUACAACGAAAAAAAUGGUACUGUAUGUAUGAAUGAUAACUCUCUUCAGUUUUUUUUUCACCCGCUGUAGUUUCGCUUGAUUCCAGAUGAUGUACAGUAAUAAUGAAUGUUUAGUAAUUAGGUGCAUUAUGUAUUUAUUUUGCCUAUUUAUUGAUUAUUAGAGUUACAGAAAUCUGUAGUGAUAUUAUCAGAACACAGGUGUUUUGUUUGUUCUCCAAGUUAUGUUCACAGUUUAAGAAAGAGGUUCUUGUUUGAAAUGUGCUGUCAUUUUUUAUGUUGCCUUUCUUUCAGGGAUUGCUUAUUUGCAUGGAGUUGGUAAGCCAAAGAAUGUCAAUUUACUCCUUUAGAUUUAUAUGUAUGUACAUGUCAGUUUAAAAAAAUAUUGUUUUUCCAAUUAUCUUUCAUCCCUGUCACUAAAUUAUAUCUUCUAAAGUAUAUUUCAGUAUAAGUUUAAGGUGAAAUAUGUGCUUCCCAUGAAUGUACUAUGUGAAGGUUGAAUUGGGAAGUGUUUUUGCUGGUGAUGUGUGGUUAAGAAAUAUAUGAGUAUGGGGUGUGCUGGCUGUGGAUCAGAUUUCAGGUAAAAUUUAAUGGCAGAUAAACAGGAAAAUUGAACAGUUUUUUGUAAUUUCACAACUUAGUUUUCCUUGUACUUGAUGUAAUUAUAAAAGGUUGCCCAUAUUUACUUUCAUGUGCAAGUAUAAGUAAAAACGGAAAAGAUUCUGAUGGUAUGGAACUA